UAUCAUUGACUUUCCUUUCUUUGUAGUUGAAACUUCUCUAGAUCUUCAUAUAUCUUUCUAUUUUUAAAAACCCAUUAAGCACCACUCUUAAUAUCCUUCUACUAAUUUGUAGGAAAAAUGACCAAGAUAUUUAUGCUACUAUGUCUUCUCUUCUUAGUUGCUUCUGGAUUUGUUAAUGGCUCAAUUAAGAAAGAGAAGAAUUAUGAUGAUAUUAAGUUGUUUGAGCUCAAGAAAGGUGAUCUUACUUUGAAGGUUACAAAUUGGGGUGCUACACUUGUAUCACUAAUCCUUCCCGACAAGAAUGGAAAGUUGGGUGAUAUUGUUCUUGGAUAUGAUACUCCUACGGCAUAUACUAAUGAUUCAUCAUACUUUGGAGCUACUGUUGGGAGAGUUGCUAACAGAAUUGGAGGAGCUCAAUUUACUCUAAAUGGAAUCCAUUACAAAUUAAUUGCUAACGAAGGAAACAACACUCUUCAUGGUGGACCGAGAGGAUUCAGUGACGUUCUUUGGAAAGUGGAAAAAUAUGUAAGAAAAGGUGAUAGACCCCUAAUCAAAUUAAGUUACCACAGUUUUGAUGGCGAAGAAGGAUUUCCCGGUGAUCUCAAAGUAACAGUGAAAUACAUUCUAGGAAAAAACUCUCUAACCAUACUUAUGCAAGCAAAAGCUUUAAACAAACCUACACCCGUAAAUCUAGUUAACCAUGCUUAUUGGAACCUAGGAAACCACAAUAGUGGCAACAUUUUACAUGAAGUGGUACAAAUUUUUGGAUCCAAAAACACAGUCUUUGAUGACAACCUCAUUCCGACGGGAAAAAUUUCAUCAGUCAAAGGAACACCAAAUGAUUUUCUAAAACCACAAAUUGUUGGUACAAGAAUUAAUCAAUUACCAAAAACUAAUGGUUAUAAUGUUAAUUAUGUGCUUAAUAAAGGAAAAUUAGGUAACAAAGAAGAAUUAAAGGUUGCUGCUAUUGUGUUCGAUAAGAAAUCAGGGAGAGUUAUGAAGCUUAGUACUAAUGCUCCUGGAUUGCAAUUUUAUACUGCUAAUUUUGUAAAGAAUGAUAAGGGAAAAGGUGGAUUUGUUUAUCAACCACGUAGCGCACUUUGUUUGGAGAGUCAAGCUUUUCCAGAUUCUGUUAAUCAUCCUAAUUUUCCUUCUACUAUUGUUACAAAAGAAAAGCCUUAUAAGCAUGUUAUGUUGUUGAAGUUUUCUACCAAGGUUCCACAUGCUUUUUCAAAAUUCUAGUGUUUAUGCAAACUGUGAUGAAGUAAAAUAAGUGUUUUUGUUAGUUACUCUUGUGAUUUUUUA